GACAGGUGGCGUCCGAUCUCUUCUGAUGACAUCUUAUCUUCCGCGCAUGCGCAGCGCGAGUCCGAUCAAACAACAGAAGUUAACACGAACACGGAGAUCAUGCCAGAUCAGUCGAGUGGAGGGCGAGUGAGUGAACUCGAGGAGGAGAAAGAGAGUGACAGUGAGGAGCUGAGACUCGUUCUGAUUGGUCGAACGGGUUCAGGCAAGAGUGCCACAGGAAACACCAUUCUGGGACGUCGUCCCUUCCUGUCUGCUAUGAGAGCGAGUUCAGUGACCCGUGUGUGUGACCAGAGCAGUGAGGAGUGUGAAGGAUUCAGGUGGAAGAAAGUGCUGGUGGUGGAUAUGCCGGGAUUCGGCGACACUCGGCUCGACGCCAGUCAUGUGCACUCUGAGAUCGCUAAAUGUGUCGCUCUGACCGCUCCCGGUCCGCAAGCGUUCCUGCUCGUGAUCCCUCUGGGACGCUACACGGACGACGAGGACCGGGCCGUGCAGGAGAUGGUCCGUGUGUUCGGGGAGGAAGCUCUUCUACGCCACACUGUGGUGCUGUUCACACGAGGAGAUGAGCUAGAGGAUGGAGGGAUGGAGCGGUACCUGAGCGAGUCUCCAGAUCGGCUGAAGAUUCUGCUGAAAAGAUGCGGAGGACGAUAUCAUGUCCUGAACAACAAACAACCGGAGAACAGAACGCAGGUGAGAGGUUUACUGCAGAUGGUGGAGAAGAUGCUGGAUGACGGAGGAAACAUCUGCUACAGCAGUGACAUGUUCCGGCAGGCUGAGCGGGUCAUCCGGGGGGAACAGGAGCGACGGAUGAGCGAAGGCAAGAGCCCAAUGCAGAAGCGGGAAGCCGCUCAAUCAAAGAAAGUUCUUGAGCGUGUUAAGGUGCUGGUCGUCGCCGGAGCUACGGGAGUGGCGGUGGGGGCCGUGUUGGGAGCUGCGGCUCCUCUGGCUGCGGCGGCAGGGGCUUCAGUGAUGGGUAGCACCGUGGGUUUUGCAGCAGGGCAGCUGGCAGGAGUCUCGGCAGCGGGCAGCGCAGGUGUAGGCAAAGCGGUUGGCACAAUAAUUGCUGUGGCCUCUGGAAAGACGGCGGUAGGUCUGGGAGCAGCGACAGGUGGAGGGCUGGGGGGUUAUGUGGGUAAAUUGGUAGGGGAGGAGGCUGCAGGACCGCAGGAAGCAGCUUUAGAAACACUGCAGUAUGUGGGAGUGAUGGGUGCAGCAGUGGUGGGUGCUGCCGCAGUAGUGGGUGGGGCUUUCGGAACAGCAAUGGCGGUGGGGGUGCUAGGGGUUGAGGCUGAAACUGCAGCGGGAGCGCUCGAUAUUGCUAGUGCUGCAACUGUAACCGCACCACAAGCAGUGGGUGGCGCUGGAACGACCACACAGAUCUUGUCGGCCACAGGAGUGGGUGGGGCUGUGGGAACGGAAGCGGCAGUGGGGGCGGUGGUAGGGGGUGGAGCUGAAACUGCAGCGGGAGCGCUCGGUGUCGCGAGUGCUGCAACUGCAACUGCACAGCAAGCAGUGGGUGGCGCUGGAAUGACCACACAGAUCCUGUCGGCCACCGGAGUGGGUGGGGCUGUGGGAACGGAAGCGGCUGUGGGGGCGGUGCUAGGGGGUGGAGCUGAAACUGCAGCGGGAGCGCUCGGUGUCGCGAGUGCUGCAACUGCAACUGCACAGCAAGCAGUGGGUGGCGCUGGAAUGACCACACAGAUCCUGUCGGCCACCGGAGUGGGUGGGGCUGUGGGAACGGAAGCGGCUGUGGGGGCGGUAGUAGGGGGUGGAGCUGAAACUGCAGCAGGAGCGCUUGGUGCCACUAGUGCCGCAACUGUGACCACACAGCAAGCAAUGGGUGGUGCUGGAGUGACCAAACAGAUCCUGUCGGCCGCAGCAGAAAUUGGAAAAGCGGUGGUUGGAGCCACAAUGGCCGGAGGGUUCGCGAUAAAGGUGGUGAAGGAAAAAAAUCGAUCUGAAAAUGUAAACAACUACACGGAACGAAACUCCUAUGAGAUCAACUUGAAAAAAUAA